UCUUUAGCCGUGCAGGUUGCCGAUUUAAAAAACGAAAGAUAUAGCGCUACUAUAUCCGAUAUCCGUGUGUGUGUGUGAGAGUGUAUUUGUGGGAAUAUUUCGGCAACGAAACUUUCUUCAUCAGCUGGCCGCCGUCCGUCAUUUGUAUGCAAAUGUAAAUCGCCAAAGAAGGGACAGAAAAGGAAGAGGAAGCGGCCGGACAAGUGAACAACUGUAGAAAGUGCAAAACUGGUUUCUUUACCUUUUUUUUAGCAGUCUGCGCUGCCACGAAACGAAAAUAAAAAACAAAACCAAAACACAAUAGAAACAAGAAGUGAUUUCUUGAUUAUCGCUUGAUUAUCUCAUGCUUGUCUGUGUAUGUUUUUCGAUCGCUAAUUGAUAUGUGAAAGUGAAGAGAAGAAGCCGAAAAAAACAAUGCGAGGAAGAAAUGCCCGCUAAAUACCGAUGAGCAAAUCGCACGUUAAAACAAUAAUAAAAACACCAUCGAGGAAGCCGCCAUGUCUGCCACCUACACCAAUACGAUUACACAGCGCCGCAAGACGACCAAGUUGAAGCAGCAGCAACAGCAACAACUAUGGGCGCCGGGCAGCGAUCUGAGCGAGCCAAACGAAAGACUUCACUUUCGCAGCCGUUCAACAAACUCGGCAAAGACAGCAACACCACCGCCAACAACAACAACAAAGCAAGCAGCAGCUGCAAACUCAACUUCACCAGUGUGCUGUAACGGUGGUUUGACGCUGCUCAACUGCUGCGUCGACGUCAACUGCCAUUUGAAUGCGCCGCUGCGCGGUAGCGUCAGCCGGCAUUCAUCGCAGACGCCAACGCCGACGCCGACGCCAAAACAAGCCUCCCCCUCGCCCACCACCGAUCGUUCGCGCUCGGUCUCACGUUCACGUUCACCUUCUCGUUCGCGUUCUUCCUACAAAAAGCACAAGAGCAUUGCUGCAGCAGCCAGAGCAGCUGAUAAAGAGACAAAAACAACAGCAGCUACACCGCCAUUUACCGUUAGCUUGAGCAUCGAUCUCUUUAGUUGGGGUCUAUUUCUCUUGGCUUUCGGCACGCGUUUCUACAAGUUGGCAACACCGCCACACAUUGUCUUCGAUGAACUUCAUUACGGGAAGUACAUUUCGUUGUACAUGCGCAACAUUUUCUUUUUUGACCAACAUCCUCCACUCGGCAAACAACUGAUCGCCGGCCUAGUCAGCUUGGCUGGCUAUGAUGGCAACUACACAUUCCCCCGGAUCGGAGCACCCUACUCGCCCCAAAUGCCCAUAUUUUGGUUCCGUUUUUUACCGGCUCUAUGCGGUAGCCUGCUCGCCCCCGCCGUCUAUAAACUGCUGCAGGAGGCGAAGCUAAGUCGUUGGGCAUCGGGCAUUGGAGGUCUGCUCGUGGUGCUGGAUAACUCACUACUGACCCAAUCCCGCUUUGUGCUGAUGGAAUCGAUGCUAUUGCUGAGCAGCACACUGGGCAUAGCCUGUCUGCUUCGCUUUCAGCGAUGUCGCCUGGGAAGUGUUCAGUGGGUGCUCAGUGGAGCGGCUGCAGCUGUGCUCUUGGGAGCAGCGGGUUCAAUCAAGUAUAUUGGUUUCCUGGCUUUAGGAUUGGCCUUCUAUUUGUUAUGCCGACACCUGUGGCAGUUGCUGUUUGAUGCACGAUUAACAAAUCGUCAAUUGUGGUUCCACGCUUUGAGUCGCCUACUCAUAUUCGUUGGCAUACCAUUGGCAGUUUACGUGGGCGUCUUCUACGCCCAUUUCCUGGCACUUUACAAGGCAGGGCCACACGACAGUAUCAUGACAAGCGCUUUUCAGGCUUCGCUGGAAGGCGGUCUGGCCUCGAUCACCCGAGGCCAGCCGUUGGCUGUGGUACAUGGAUCCCAGAUAACCCUCCGUCACACCCAUGGACGCACCUGCUGGCUGCACUCGCAUGCAGCGGUAUACCCAGUGCGUUACCCGGACAAGAGAGGCUCCUCGCACCAGCAGCAGGUCACCUGUUACUCCUUCAAGGAUGUAAACAACUGGUGGCUGGUGAAACGACCCAACAAGGAGAAUCUGGUAGUGGGAAACAAGCCAGAUGUUAUAAGGCACGGGGAUGUUAUUCAGUUGGUGCAUGGAAUCACAAGCAGGGCUCUGAAUUCCCAUGAUGUGGCUGCUCCAAUGACCCCACAAUGCCAGGAGGUGAGCUGUUACAUUGACUAUGAGAUCAAAAUGGCCGGCGAGCUACUGUGGCGUGUGGAGAUCCUAAAUCGUGCCACCGAGGGCAACAGAUGGCAUGCCAUCAAGUCGGAGAUCCGGCUUGUACACGAGACCACUGGAGCGGCCCUGAAGUUUACGGGUCGCCAAUUACCAGAAUGGGGCUUUAAUCAGCAUGAAGUGGUGGCGGAUCGUGAGAAGAGUCAGGAGGAUACCAUUUGGAAUGUUGAGGAGCAUCGCUAUACGCAGACUGAGGAUCACCGGGAGCGGGAACGCCAGCUAAUGACCGCCGAAAUGAUACCCACGGAGAAGACGCAGCUAACCUUCUGGGCCAAGUUACUGGAGCUGCAGGCCAAGAUGCUGACCCAAUCAAAGACAGUGCCUACCCACAUGUACAGCUCUAUGCCGCACGAAUGGCCGCUGAUGGAUAAGGGCAUUGCCUACUGGCUGGACGCAGAGUCCAGUGCCCAAAUUUAUCUACUGGGAAAUGUGCUCAUCUGGUACUCGGCCACUGCUGCGCUUUUCUUUUACGCCGUAUUACUUGCCUUCUAUGCUAUACGUCGUCGACGUUUGUGCUUUGAUAUCUCGGAAUCAGAGUGGCAGCGCUUUCUUAUUGCUGGAGACACCUUCUUUGUGGGUUACCUGAUGCAUUACCUGCCGUACUUCUUUGUGGAUCGCACUCUCUUUCUGCACAACUACUUGCCAGCCUUUGUCUUUAAGCUGCUCCUCUUGUGCUUUGUCAUCGAACAUGUGGAUUAUCUGCUUCGGUUGAUCUGCACAGGACGCGGAGUCAACAUUGUGCGAGGCUAUCGCUUGGCCAUUGGCUUGUGGCUUUUGGCCGUUUUGGCCAUUUUCGUCAAGUUUAUACCUUUUAGUUAUGGAGCGCGUAAGAUGACCACCAAUGAGGUACGUGAACUACGCUGGAAGGACACCUGGGACUUUGUGAUACACAAGAAUCACCCCCUGAACUGAGAAAAAUAAGAAUGCCAUUGCCGCGGAAAGUUAGAGAAAGAUAAAUAAAAGUGCAAUGAACAAUGUACAAUAGACUAGAAGACGUAGCUAAAGUUGAACUAGUGCUAAGCCAUAAAUUAUUUGACAUGUGAACAUACUCAUUUUGCAAGACCAAUUAAAGAAAUUAUUUAUUUAUUUAAAA